GAGAGUGACGUGUUUUCAAAAUAUGAAAGUAUGAUCGGCUCGAUACUCUUACAUGCAUACUGCUCUAAAUGGUGUUUUUAGCGAUUUUGUUUUACUUUUACAGAUAGAAUCACUACGUACCAAUUAGGAUUUAAUAUUUAUCCGGUGUUCUUUUACUCAUGCGUGUUCUGUAAUGACUAUCAUUUUAUGGUAUACCGUGACUGUUCAAUAAACGCUCUGGGGAUUUUCUUUCUGCAAUACUAUCUUUGUGACUUAUUUUGAGCUGGAACUGAUCAGUGUCUAGCUGUGCUUCUGAUAUGGAUGGAUACCGUUUAAACACACUCUCAAACAUGAAUAUUUCCGUUCAGGUUCCUUGGGCAUUGCUGUUUAUUGCACACUUUCUGAUUUCACACAUUCCUGUACUUGAUUGUCAAGUUUCCUGUCCAACGAGAUGGAUAAGUCGUUCCAGAUGUUGCUACAAAUUCUAUAAUGACAGGUUGUCAUGGCAACUUGCAGGGGAACAAUGUAAAUUUGAUGGAGGAUUCUUGACCUCCAUUGUUGACAGGCAUGAGAAUGAUUUCCUUGUAGACUCGUUUAGAAAUCUGACAUCCUUAGCAUGGAUCGGAAUGGAUUCUACUGGACUCUGGUUAGAUGGAGCAAGUUCUCACCGUUUCUCCAAUGGCUUUAGAUAUGAAACACUUAGCACAAGCAGAUGUUCAGUGAUUAAUUUUGAACAAACUGGAAUGUGGAACGUAUCAGAUUGCCUUGCCUCCAGACUCAGCUUUAUCUGCAAGAAGAAUCAAGAUCGUGGUCAUGACGAUGUCUCUCCUUCCGAAGUAAACAGUGAGCCAGCAAACGGUGAAGAUGAAGAAGAUACGAUAGGCUCAUCAAACGGAUUUUCUCGUUCGCUCAUGGCCUUCAUCGCUGUUUGUUUGGCCGCCGUCAUUACGUGUAUUGGCGGUUGCAUUAGCAGCAGCCCCAUCAGAUCCUGUCUUGCCAAAUGUCUGUGGGAAUGCCUGCUCGCCAUCUGCAAAAUUAUGGCCGAUAUGGUGAUUACAUUUUGUCGCUGGGUAUAUAACUGGCUAUGUAUUUUAGGACUGGCCAUCCAGUUAUGUUUUCUUCACCUGUACCGAUGUUUAACUUGCAAAGAGCUGCGCAGAAAGCGACGGGAGAGACGGGAAAGGGCAUCUCCGGAGCCUGAAACGCAGGAACCACUAAGGGUUCAACUGGCAGAGACUGAACAGGAUAUUCAAUCAGUACCAAGGUUCACUCCAUCGGUACCACCCUAACCUCCUCCAACGCCCAAUGACUUCACUUCUGAUCAUCCAAUUCCGCCCUCCACAUCGCAAAGAACCCACAUUCCCGCAGGUCGACGUUUCCCGGAGCCCACAGCUCCCCCGCCGUCACCGCCAUCGUCACGCCCAGACAGAACUGCACACCAUCUUACGAGUAUGCUUUAGAACCAACAUUUAAUGUGCGAUCUGCACACAAUACAGAUGCGACGAUGAAACCCCCGAAUUAUGAGUCAGUGUCUAGAUUUUUAUUUGACACAACUAUUCCGAUUUCUCCUCUAGUAGUCACACCAUUGGUCAAUUAUUACGAAUGAAUAUUCAUUACUCUUCAAACUAUUUUUUUCAUCAAAGGAAUGACACCUACUGCACACACACUCGAUACGGCGAGUUACAUGUACAUUAUUGUUCAUCUAUUAUGUGUCUCACCAUUACGAAGUAUAGCUUCAUACAAGUCGACUUGGCAAGAUAACGUAUCUCGCCAUGUCGACAAAUAAUGUCAUUAAUCGACAUUGCAAAAAUAUGAUAUUACGCCAUCUCGUCAAGUAUACAGAUGACUGUUCAGAAGUUACAUAGAGUAGAUGAUUCUUUUAAGUGUUCUGACAGAGUGCAUAUAAAAUAUUAACUUUUGUGAAAUGGGAAAAUCUAGGCUGAAAGUUCGCUGAAAAUCGUCAACACACACAACAAAAAAGCACACCCACACAUUGGCAUGUAUAUCAUUCAUUGCUUGGAAAAAAUAAAUGGAACGUCAUGCCUGCG